GAAACUUGUUAAUAAAGUUCACAUCAUACAUCAUACAUCAUUUCAUCCAUUUAUCGAUCAUCUAUCAUCUAUCAUUUUACUUCCAUUAUUCUAUUCUCCCGUUCUUGUCUCUUGUCUCUUGUCUCUUGCUUCUUGGCCAAUUUCUUUUGUAUUCGCUACACAUCCAUUCGUCAUACAAGAGAACAAACACAAAUUUUGAUCGUCUUCACAAUAUGUCGGUUCAACGACAACAUAAUGCGUACAACUAUUGAGCCCCGUUUAAUGUCUAUUCUUAAUAACGAUGCAUCUGAAGCCAUCACAAUCUCCCCCUCCUUAGAACUUCCUCCAUUGCACGAUCGAAAUAUUCUGCAAACUUCUCACCGACCGCUUGUUUUAGAACCCAAUGCUGCAACACGAUCUGGCGAGCCACCCUCACAAGUAUCGCAGCAUUCCUCAUCCGUUGCUCCAAUUGACGACAACGAAGUCAAUUAUCGAGACACAGAAGAGGGUUUGCGGAUAGGGAAUGCGGCUGUGGGAAAGGACACUAAUACAAUUGAACGAACAUUGGGUAGUUCUUCUCCGCAAUCCCUGCGCAAGAUUUUAGAUGACAAUACUGGCGCCGCAAGACCACUACUUCCCAAAAAGCAACAGCAUAGGGAGAAUGGGAAUGAUGAGUUUGUUCAACUGCCUAGGCCACCCAAGAAGCAAAGAUCAAAUAAACAAGUGGUGCCACCGAUUAUCAUCGGCUUACAUGAACCGCCCCCUCAGGCUGCUCUUUUUCCGCCUAUCGCAUCGAGCUCGUUUCACGACAGUCAUGGGAGAAACACCUUGAAUGCUUUGGCCCCCAAAAUCACCGAAACAAGAGAGGAUUUGAAACCAGAUGGUGUGAUUAUAUCGACGGCCCAGGAAGUCUUGGGCCAGAAAGCAAGUACGAAGAAAAAGAGAAAGGACGUCAAGACAAGGAACAAGUGGUCCGAAGAUGAGACGAACAAUCUGCUGCUUGGUGUGCAUAAGUAUGGCGUGGGGAAGUGGAUGGAUAUUUUAGAAGAUCCCAGCUUCAUUUUCAAUAAUAGAUCAGGAGCGGAUUUGAAAGAUCGCUUUAGAACUUGUUGUCCAGAAGAACUUAGAGCUGGAAGCCGCAAUUCCAGAAACCAUAAUACCGGUGCUAAAGCAGAGAGUGCAAAAGAACAGCCAACCACGGAAUUGGCAACUUUCGACCCAUUGACCGGAAGUUUUUUAACUGGUGAAUAUCAAGAGGCUGAUGAGACUGUGUCAAAUUCUGGCUCUAAUCCCGGGCGAAAGCCUCGAAACCAUCGGAAAAAACUUACAGACCUUCAAGAGCUAGGAAUAAGAGGACCAUUUAAACAGUCGGAUAGGAGGAAAAAAUCCCCCUUCUCCAGCCAAGAUGAUCGUGAAAUUAGAGAAGGUUAUAAUAUUUAUGGGCCUGCGUGGACAAGGAUACAGAGAGAUCCUCGAUUCAAUCUUCAGGACCGACAGCCCAUUGACCUUAGAGAUCGCUUCCGGAACAAACAUCCUGAACUGUUUCGAUCCGGGGAGGACGAUACUACUCGGACAGUGUCGCAGUCUCAGAGUAAGCCUGCACAGAUUGAGGACUCGUCUAACACGCCUAAUCAUGCUACAAUGGAUCCAACUACAUUUUCUUUGAAUCAUGAGAUUUUAAAGCCCACCGUAGAACCUACGGACAGCUUGUCAUUCUCUCAUUCUUUUGAGUGGCCUCAGCCCCCAUUCUCUUACAUUGGCGAGAUGGACAUUUCUCGAUUACUGGAAGACCAAAACCAAUGGACGUCAUGACCGAUCAAGAGGCCUCGUUGAAUAAAUUGAGUAAACGGACGCAAAGCCCAGCUACAACGACGGAUUCGUUACCAUUUCAUAUAGACCUACGAGUUUUUCAUGGCUCAUUAUACUCGCUAACCCAUUUCCACCAUGUGUGCAUACGACUGCUGUUAGAUAGUACAGACACGGAUACACGAGUGUUGCGUCAUGAUUACAAAAUGGCAAAUUGUAAGAAUGGAUACCUUGUCUUGUCACGAGUUACAGACCAUGAUUUCAGAAUGUCGCCCCGGAAUGGUGAGUGUAGUGAACAUAAUCGACACAGACUAUUCUAUCGGCCGCUUCCCUACCUCAGUCUUAUAAAUAUCUACAACUUUACAAUAUUGAACUCGCAUUAAUUAUACA